AUGCCUAAGCCCAAGUCUUUUCUGAGGGAUAAGCCCAAGAAGAAGACUAAGCAGCAACUGGCACCCGUCACAGCCGAUGACUUCCUUGCUGCCGGUGUCGAGUUUGAAGAAGCGGGCGAGAAAUGGCGCGCUGGUGACGCCAUUAAAUCCAUGCGCUUCUUCAUGCGCGCCGUUACGAAUUAUGAUGAGGGACUACAGAAACACCCAGGAGCCUUUGACUUGGCCUACAACAAAGCCCGAGUGCAAUAUGAAAUAACUCAGCACCCGAAGCUGGCGGCCCAGCUUCCAGCACCACAGGCUGAUGUCUUGCGAACUGCGCUGGAGUCACACCGGCUCGCGCUGAAACUGGACCAGGACAAUGGUAAUGUGCUCUUCAAUAGUGGACAGGUUUUAAACAGCUUGGCCGAAGCCCUGUCUGGAACAAAGCACCCAGACGAGGAACAGCUAAUGCAGGCCUGUACAUACCUGCAGGAGGCAGUGGAGUUGUUUCAGCGGUGUCUGAUGAUACAAGAGAUGAAGUACACAGAAAUGCAGGAGCAAAUUGAGCAGAUAGAAUCGGCUGAUCCAGAGAUUCAACCUCAGCCCAUUGAACAAUCGGAGCCGGAGAAAGGAGCCUCGGAUGAAACACAAGAGCAAUGGGCUGCUAUUGUGGAGCCUGUUACGAAGAAUACGCUGGUGGAUACUGCCAUUGCGCAGUUGGAUACUAUGACUACCUUGUGCAAUCUAUUGACAUCGAACCCCGGUGGUGGUGGAGGUGUUGGUUGGGUGCAGCAGUACUCCUCAGAGCUUGUCCAAACUCGACUCCCAGCCUACGUGGAGGGAUCUGAUAGACAGUACGAGGCGGCAUUGGCACGAGGCAAAUUUAUUGCUGCGCUGUCCGACGUGCUAUACCGAGGCGGACACACUGAUAUGGAAACUUACCAGCAGGAGAUUAGCCAGGCUUUUGGACCUGACCUGGAUGUAUCUCUUGACCCCGAGGGCCUGUGCAGUAAGGCAGAAGCUUUGACAUCGCUAAGUGGGGCACUUUCAGAUCUGCCCCCAUCCGAGAGCCAGGAAGCCUUCAAUGCCGCGCUGUCCGUGCGCUGGCAAUCCCUUUCGACUGCGUUGGCUGCCUUUGCCGCAGCAUCCAAGCUGCCGAGUGCCGAAAAUUUGCCCAAGAUUCAUCUCGCCCGAGGAGAUGCAGAGAUGCAACGCUGGCGGCUUGGUAUGGCCCCCUGGAACUACUCCAUUGCCCAGCAAAAUAGCGCCAUGCUGUUGAAAAAUGCCCAAACUUAUUAUCGAGGAGCGGCUGCCCUAGCUCGCCGAGAUGGCGCUGCCGAGGAAGAGCGAGAUGGCUCGUGUAAGGAGGCGAUUGCUGCAGCCAUAGAGGGUGAGAAAACAAAGCUGGACCGGUUCAAGGCCACAGCUUUGGAAACGUUGAUUAACGUGGCCCAGGACAUGGUGGAGGAUGGCUCAGUCGACGGCAUGGAUAUGAGUGUCCUGAUCUCUUAA